AUGAAUUUCUGGGUGACAUAUCUAUCUUAUUCUGUUCAUACCUAUCUGUCUAAUUCUGUUCAUACUGUGUAUGUCACUCUUUUCAUAUCUAUCUAUCUAUCUAUCUAUCUAUCUGUCUAUCUCAUUCUUUUUCUAUCUAUCUAUCUCAUUUUUUUUUCUAUUUAUCUCAUUCUUUUCAUAUGUAUCUAUCUAUCUAUCUAUCUGAUAACAUUCUUGCGUUCGACUUUCAAAUCAAAUAUGAUUCCUGCACAGAGAUGUCGUUCUUCUAUUCAAGAUCUACGAUACCAAGUGAACUUCUAUCUAUCUAUCUAUCUAUCUAUCUAUCUAUCUAUCUAUCUCAUUCUGUUCAUAUCUAUCUAUCUAUCUAUCUAUCUAUCUAUCUAUCUAUCUAUCUCAGUCUGUUCAUAUCUAAUCUAUCUGUUUAUCUAUCUAUCUAUCUAUCUAUCUAUCUAUCUCAUUCUGUUCAUAACCUUCUAUCUAUAUAUCUAUCCAUCUAUCUAUAUCAGUCUGUUCAUAUCUAUCUAUCUAUCUAUCUAUCUAUCUAUCUAUCUAUCUAUCUGUCUAACCCUUUUCAUAAGUUUGUCUAUACCAAUCCUCUUCCUUUUGUAUUGUCUCUCAUGUCUACUUGCACUUUACUUUUUCUUUCUGUCUUUCUUAUAUAUAAAAUUCUUUCUUUCUUUCUCUGUCUUUAUAUCUGAAUAUUUUUCUUUUCUUUUCGUCUGCACUCGUUCGCUUCUUUCUUAUUCUAGUUAA